AUGUGCGCUGGUAUUGGAAGUGGUCUCGGAGGCUCGGGUGCUGGAAGCGGAGCGGGCAGGGAACGGCUUGACCUGAGUUCCCAGUCGCCGUUCGCCAAGGACCGCGCGGCGCCCUCGCUGGCCUACGAGAACUGCUACUCGCAUCCGGUAGGGGAACGACUCCAAAACUGCCAGCACUGGUCCAAAGAUGAGGCUACCUGCUACCAGAACAGACUCAUCUCAGCUGAUACAAAGCCCAAGUUCGGAACGCCCGGAUACCCCUCGCCGCUCGACCGUUUCAGAAACCAACAGAAUUCACCACCUGAUGGAAAUGCCAGUUUUUCUCACAUGCCCCGUCGGCGCCUUGCAAAAUCUGGGUUGCACCAUGCAACCUCUGCUCCACGUUUAAAUGUAAUACCAGGCAAUGGUCUCCAUAGCUUUAGCUUCUCUCCGGGGCUAUCCAAAGGAUCAUUUGGUACCUCCCAGAGUGCCCCUAGUGGCCAGUGGCUCUUCCGUAACUUUGUGGGUGGUGGGAGCUGUGGCACUGUCUUCCCAACCACAAUUGUUAACCCAAACAAAGCUGUACUUACAAUUGAUUCCUCCUCUAAGAUCCUGACAGCAAAUGAUAUGUCCUCAUUGCUCCUUGGCCACCCAGAGGAUGAGUUGUGCGGCACCAUGAAACUGACGGACUUCAUUACCAAUCCCGAAACGCAAAAAGCUCUCAGCUCCCUUGCAAGUUUGAGCCCCAUGUCGGAGGGCAUCUGCAUGGAGAAUUCCCUUCACACACUGCCAGAGCCUGAUAUAUUAGACAAUCAAGGAAUGGUGCUCUUUAGUGGGAAAGUUGUGGAUGUAGAUACGUAUGACAAUGGCACUCUCCCAUGUUCCUUAUGGCUGAAGGGACUACCUCAGGAGACAGAUGAAGACCAGAGAUGGAUUGCUGUCCUAGAACCUGUAGAUAUUACUGUUGCAAAGGCUUCAGUUGACGAAACAGGCCGUAUCUUGAAGCAUGACUCCUCAUUCAGUGCUCUCUUUGGGUAUGCAGAUAACAGUGAACUCACCAAACUCAAUAUUUGUGAUCUUAUACCUGCUCUCCAGGUGCCCACUAGUCCUCAUGACAUGCCUAAGGAUGUGGAGAAGCAGCAGUGUACGGGACAGACGGUGGACUGUGCUACGUUCCCCCUUUGUGCGCACUUUACAGUUAAUAACACCAACAACGAUUACACCCAAAGAAAAUAUGUCUUUGAUCUAGAAAUAUGGGUGUUCUCUAACAUCAGUGGACUGGUGGUUUUGGAUGCUGCAGGGAAAAUCAGCGAUUACAAUUAUAACUUCACAAGACUUUUAUUUGGCUAUGGCAAGAGAGAACUUGAGGGAGAGGAUAUAACUCAUCUUAUACCAACCUUCUUUGAUGAUGUUGCAUUGAUUCAAAAAAUGAAUAGCCCGUCCUUUGACUCAGAUGACUCGGAUUCAACUCUUAGUGAUAAUGAAACUGAAAAUCAGAAGGAAAAUAAGGAGAGAACCAAUGGACCUCUAUUCACAAAAAGUAAACAGAAUGAAGCAGCAACAACGUUGAUGUCUGAGCCAUCAUCAAUAUCUACCCCAAACCGUGGAUUUAUUGCUUCAGAAAGUAAGCUUCAGGGAUCACUCUACGGAUCAACUUUUAACUCCACUUCUAACGUCACAAGCACGGGGGACAACAGCCAGAAUUCGUCUCAGAAUAACAAGGCCAUGAGAGACAUCACCAACUCCAUGAAUAUACUCAGCAUCAGCCAGCAGAAUGUUUCAAAUCAGACAAAUAACUCAGGCUUACAAGGAAGUCCCACCAAAACAAGGACAGUAAAAGACAGAGAAAAUGCAUCUGACGAAAGUCUUCCCAAGGUACAAAUAGAGGUGUAUCCAGAUCUUCCCCAGGACAUGCUUCCUGAGGAUAUGGUCACUUCUACGCCUGCUGUGGGUCGGAUGAGAGGCCACAGCCAAGUUCAUACCAUUGAAGAAGGCAGUUUCUUUGGGGUUGGAAAGCAUAAGGAUGGAUCUGAUCUUGUGAUCAUCUACCAAAUUCGUCGAGUGGAGUUAAAUGGAGUGAAUCACUACUGCGUGUGGAUUUUGCGAGAUCCAGAAGAACCUGGAGAGGGCCUUCGAUCUAACACAAACUUUACCUUAGCUUCAACUUUCAAUGAGACAGCAGAAUAUUCUUUAGGUCAUGCCAUCAAAAACGAGGCUCAGAAGUCAGAGAUUGAUCUUGAGGAUGACUCUGACACAUCAUCUGAUGAUGAAGGUGCUGACCACAGUCAGACAAGCACAGACGGCAGCUCAGGAGCAGAAUAUUCACUCAACCACUCACGGCGAGGCAAUCGGGAGUCAUCAUCUGCUUGUCCAGAGGAGGGCGAGGAUCUACUGCUAGCAGGAGAUUAUAGCAAUCAUUACUCGGUCUUACGUCAGAUAGGAAAGGGAGCAUUUGGCUGUGUAAAGAUGAGUUACCGAAACUCUGAUGGACUUAUGGUUGUAACCAAAUUCAUCAAGAAGAGUAAAGUUUACCAGGACAGUUGGGUGGAUGACCUCCUCCUCCGAAAAAGGGUUCCUCUAGAAGUGUCACUGCUCAUGACUCUUGACCAUCCAAACAUUGUAUCAGUGUUCGACAUGUUCGAGAAUGAUGAUUACUUCCAAUUAGUUAUGGAAAAAUGGGGUGCUGGGAUGGACCUGUUUGAGUUCAUUGAUCGUAACCCUCUUCUUGAUGAACCUCUUGCUGCUUAUAUGUUCAGACAGAUUGUCUCGGCAUUAACUUACCUACACUCUCUCAACAUCAUCCACCGUGAUGUGAAAGAUGAAAACGUCAUCUUGAACAACAGAUUCCAUGUGAAGCUGAUAGACUUUGGUUCAUCAGCUUUCACCAAACCCGGCAAAAUGUUUUCCCAAUUUGCUGGAACUGUAGAGUACUGCAGUCCAGAGGUGCUCAAGGGAAACAAGUAUAGUGGCUAUGAAUUAGAGGUCUGGUCACUGGGAGUGACCCUCUAUACUCUCAUGUAUGGAGAGAACCCAUUCUAUGAUGUAGAUGAAACCAUUAAGGCAGAGCUUACCUUCCCUGUUAGACAUUCUCUUGAAUUGACUGCCCUUCUCAACGGGAUGUUGCAGAAGGAUCCUAAAGCUCGUAUGACUUUAGAAGAAGUGGAGGCACACCAGUGGACCCAGCUGGAGUGUGACAUUGAUGAUUAUGUGUUUGAGGAAAUUAUAAGAUGUUCUCAAGAGGAGGCCAACCCCAGACAGUACAUCACUGAGUACAGUGAGAGUGAUAGCUCAAUAUCCACUGUUUCAAACAGCUUUGUGUAUGAACCUUCCAUACGGUAUACACGACGUUCACUCUCCUUCACUCCUCAGGGGACCAAGAAUGAUAAUGAUCAUAUACGCAUGCAGAGGUCAGCCACAUCCCUAAGUUCUUCGCGAAUAGGAAAUGAGGUUGAUGAUGAUGAGUCCAUAUAUGAUCAGUCAGCGUCAGUUGGAGCAUCUAGAACUUCCACAUCACAGUCGAUGUCUUCAGUCAGAAGUACAAUAACCGUUGAUUCGUCCUCAUUCUCCUGUUGUUCUCCAGCCUCGGACUCUGGUGACAGUAGUGAGACUCAGCUCCAGUCAUCACAGUCCUCCUCUUCAGGAGGUCUGUAGCAGAGCUUCCUGGCUGGGUUAGAGAGUUACCUAUUACGAUAACGUGAGCAGCUGCACUCUCUCUGGCCGUAGUUCUGAGGGCAGCAUCAACCUAGAGAAGACACUAGCUAGGUACUACAGGCUAAGCAACCCCAAAGAUGACAAUGGCUCUGACUACGAGAAU